CAAUUGGUACAUAAAGGAGCCAAACACAGAAAGAAAGAAAGUAGUUAAGAAAAUAAACAAUACAAAACACUUUAAUUUGGUGUCUAAUUUUUUUAGAUUCACACAAGACAUGGAUUUUGAUUCUUCAUUCUUCCAAAUCCAAUACCAAAACCUUGACACUUCAUUUUCAAAUACCUCUUCUUUUUUAGAAUCCUUUUCAUGGGAAGAUUUCUUUAGCUUCAAUGAAGACAACAACAAAACUCUUCCCUUGAACCAAAGUGCACAAAUAUUCAAAGAAUCAUCAACCUCUUAUUCCAAUUCCAGCACUUCAAAUUCUCAAAUCAGCAAUGAAUCACAAGAAGUUUCAUCCAAUUCAACACAACUAGUACAAUCAUCAUCACCUAAGAAGUCAUACAAAGGAGUUAGAAGAAGACCAUGGGGAAAAUUCGCAGCGGAAAUAAGAGACUCAACAAGAAAAGGUGUUAGAGUUUGGAUUGGUACAUUUGAUACAGCUGAAGCUGCUGCUUUAGCUUAUGAUCAAGCAGCUUUAUCAACAAGAGGAUCAAUGGCAGUGUUGAAUUUUCCUGAACAUGUUGUGAGGGAAUCAUUGAAAGAUAUGGAGAAUAACAAGUCUUGGGAAAAAGAUGGUUCUUCUCCUGUUUUGGCACUCAAGAGGAAACACACUUUGAAAAGAAAGUCUAAAGCAAGUAAUUGCAAAAAGACCAAAAGGGUAGAAAGGGAAAUGGAGAAUAAUAAUAAUAUUGUUUCACAAAAUGUGUUGGUGUUGGAAGAUUUAGGUUCUGAAUAUUUGGACCAACUUCUUAGUUUGAGUACUUAUCAAGUCAUUUGUUAGUUUCUUUGUUUGUUGAGGUUUUUUUGUUCAUUAAUUACCUUUUUAUUCAUGUUAAUUAAUUCUUUCAUGACUUCUAAAAUUGUUAGCAUUGAUCGUGA